AUGUCGACUGGGCGCAACUCGCCCGCGCCCUCCUACCAUUCACAGGUCGAGACCGGCUUCGCUGCAUUUCGCUCACGCAAUACGCGCUCUCGAUUUAGCCGCUUUGGACAGAACAACGCCCGAGACUCAGACGAGCAACAAGGUCUGCUUCAGGACAGCGAUGAUGAAACUGCAUCACACUCCGCUCGCUCCAAGCGGUCCGGCUUGACACCCCGACAAUCCGAAGAUCACCGUAGACAGUACGGUACUCAUGGCGAUUCCGAAGGCCUUCCUCCACCCUCUACCACAGUUGUGCAGCUGGGCUCGCGUAGAGCCGGUUUGAUUGCCUCUCUCUUUGCUCCAAGGGAGCGUACCCUGCGAGACCUUAGCAGAACCAUCAGCCUGGGCGACUCAGAUCGCAUCCGUUCCAAGUACCCCGCCAAUGUGGUUCGCAACCAAAAAUACAACGUCAUCACAUUCCUUCCAAAGGUUCUGUACGAGCAGUUCAAGUUCUUCUUCAACCUCUACUUUCUUCUGGUCGCUUUGAGCCAGUUUAUACCCGCUCUCAAAAUCGGCUUCAUCGCCACCUAUGUGGCUCCUCUCGCAUUUGUCCUCUGUAUCACCAUUGGCAAGGAGGCCAUCGACGACUGGGCCAGAUAUAAGAGAGAUCUCGAAAGCAACAGUGCCCCCUACAAGCUUCUUGUACCUAACGACUCAGCCAUCGCCAAGGCGCAGGCGCGUCUUGCGAGAAAGGCCAGUCCUAACAAGCCUUUAUCGCUUGGUAGUGAUCUCGGUCAAUCUAGAGUCGUUCAGGUUCCGAGCAGCAAAAUCAGGGUGGGCGACCUCGUGGUGCUCGACAAGAACCAGCGCGUGCCCGCCGACAUGGUCCUGCUUCAGACCUUCUCCAACGAUGCGACCAUCGAGACAGGAGAUGGCUUCACCGCGCCAACACCCGCGGACGACAACACACAGUUUGUCCUCGGUGAAGAUGAUGACAAUGAUGACAUGCAGCACAGCUCCAUGGCGACAGCUGCAAAGGCAGUCAAGCCAGGCGUCUCAUCUGCAUCUGACAACGCUGACGAUACCAGCGCUGAUGGCUCAAACGGAAGUUGCUUUAUUCGCACGGACCAAUUGGACGGAGAAACCGAUUGGAAGCUUCGUAUAGCUGUCGAGCUCACCCAACACAUGCCGACAGAUAAACUGGCCGGCCUUGGACAUCGAGCAGCUGUGUUCGCAGGCCCACCUAUUAAAGACAUUCACUCUUUUCUCGGCAAUAUGACUUUGCAUCCUCCACCCGAAGAUGGCUUGGUCACUCCGCCAGCUACAUUGCCUCGAUCUGGUCCCACGGUGGGCGAUCUACUCGGAGCGCCUUCGAACGCGUCCGAUCAUAAUCGCACGUCAACAGACUCACAACGCCCACACACAAUCAUCGCCAUGAGCCAGCAAGCUCAGGUUGCUCCUUUGACCGCCGAGAACAUACUGUGGGCCAAUACGGUCCUCGCUGCAGGCACUGCCGUGGGCAUGGUCGUCUACACGGGACGAGAGACCAGAGCUGUCAUGAACACCUCGUACCCUGGCACGAAGGUCGGUUUGUUGGAUCUCGAGAUCAAUCGACUCUCCAAGAUUUUGUGCGGUGUCACGUUUGCACUAUCGGUGGCUUUGGUCGCUCUCAACGGCUUCAAGGGCGAGUGGUGGGUCUACAUUUUUCGCUUCCUCAUCCUUUUUUCAUCCAUUAUCCCCAUCAGUCUUCGUGUCAAUCUCGAUAUGGGCAAGACUGUCUACGCACGUCAGAUUAUGCACGACAACGAGAUUCCAGGCACGAUUGUCCGCACCUCGACACUCCCUGAAGAGCUCGGCCGUAUCGAGUAUCUCCUGUCCGACAAAACCGGAACACUGACGCAAAACGAGAUGGAACUUCGUAAGCUGCACAUGGGAACUAUGAGCUACGGCCAGGACAGUAUGGACGAAGUUGUAUCGCAGCUUGCCACCGCAUUGCAGCAACAACAGCACGGCAGCAACACUCAGCCGAUGAGCCCCACCAAGACGACACCCGGUGGCCCGAACGGUGGUCAGCAGCCAAUCUCGCUCACGACAGCCGGGGCCAUGCUCGCAGGGCGUGGUCGCCGCGACAUGAGCUCGCGUGUCAAAGACGUUGUUCUGGCGCUCGCACUCUGCCACAACGUGACACCGGUCGUUGAACUCGACGGUUCGAUCACAUACCAGGCCUCUUCUCCCGACGAGGUCGCCAUUGUUCGUUGGACAGAAUCGGUUGGACUCUGUCUCGUCGCUCGUGAUCGUACCUCCAUGUCGCUUCGCGCUUCCGACGGCUCUGCGCUGCAUUUCGACAUUCUCGAAGUGUUCCCUUUCACAUCCGAGUCGAAGCGCAUGGGAAUCGUUAUCCGCGAACAAAGCACAGGCGAAAUCACAUUCUACCAGAAAGGUGCUGAUGUAGUCAUGGCCAAGAUCGUAGCGCAGAACGACUGGCUCGAUGAAGAGUGCGGCAAUAUGGCACGAGAAGGGCUGCGCACGCUCGUAGUGGGGCGCAGGAAGCUAACACAGGACAACUGGCUCGUUUUUGAGCGCGCAUACAAGGCCGCACGAGUUCAAGUCGAGGACCGCAACCAAGCCAUGGCUCGAGCCAUUGAAGAGCAUCUCGAAAACAACCUCGAGCUGCUUGGUCUCACGGGUGUCGAAGACAAGCUCCAGGAAGACGUCAAGAUGACGCUCGAGCUACUGCGCAACGCCGGUAUCAAAGUAUGGAUGUUGACAGGCGACAAGAUCGAAACGGCGACGUGCAUUGCCAUCUCUUCCAAGCUGGUGGCUCGCAAUCAGUACGUACAUCAGGUGGCCAAGCUGCGUACGCCGGAUGCGGUGCGCAAUAUGCUCGAGUUUGUGCGCUCCAAGCUGGACUGCUGUUUGGUGAUCGAUGGCGAAUCUCUGCAAGUCUGCUUGGACUCGUUCAAAGAUGAGUUCAUUGAACUAGCCACACAGCUCUCAGCAGUGGUGGCGUGCCGAUGCUCGCCUACGCAAAAGGCAGAUGUAGCACGACUGAUCCGGACGCACACGCGCAAGCGAGUCUGCUGCAUCGGUGAUGGUGGUAACGAUGUGUCAAUGAUUCAAGCCGCCGACGUCGGGCUAGGCAUUGUGGGCAAAGAAGGCAAGCAAGCGUCGCUCGCCGCCGACUUCUCCAUCACUCAGUUCAGCCACUUGACCAAGCUACUCGUCUGGCACGGACGCAACUCGUACAAGCGCUCUGCUAAGCUUGCACAGUUCGUCAUCCACCGCGGACUCAUCAUCUCGAUCAUCCAAGCCGUGUUCUCGUCGAUCUUCUACUUCGCCCCCAUCGCGCUCUACCAAGGAUGGCUCAUGGUCGGCUACGCAACCGUCUACACCAUGGCGCCUGUCUUUUCGCUCGUCCUGGAUCGCGAUGUCUCGGAAGACCUGGCUUUGCUUUACCCAGAACUGUACAAGGAUCUCACCAAAGGUCGUUCUCUCUCAGCCAAGACGUUCACCACUUGGCUCAUGAUCUCGACUUACCAAGGUGGAGCUAUCAUGAUUCUUUCGCUGCUGCUGUUUGAGAACGAGUUUCUCAACAUUGUCUCGAUUUCCUUCACGGCGUUGGUGGUCAACGAACUGAUCAUGGUCGCCUUGGAGAUCACUACGUGGCAUGUUUACAUGCUGCUCUCUGAGAUCGUCACCUUGUUUUUCUACUGCGUCUCGAUCGUGUUUUUACCCGAAUUCUUCGAUCUCGGCUUUGUACUGUCCGGCAGGUUCGUUUGGAAGACCGCGGUCAUUGUUGCGGUUAGUAGUCUGCCCUUGUACAUCUGGAGGGAGGUUAGAUUGAGGUUGGCGCCUCCGAGUUAUAGUAAGUUGGCCAUGGCGUGA